GUUGCUACUUAUGCGGCAAGCCAUGGGAAGACGGCGAUUAACUUUAGCUCGACGGAUUUGGUGUGCUGCAGGAUUCUGCAGGGUCAUACAGGGAAGGUCACAAAAUUGAGUUCCUAAAGUUGCCGAAGGGGCAUUGGAAUAUUACAACAAAAUAAACAUGGAUGCAGCUCCAGAUUACCCAAGAAAAAAUAUGUUCAUUUCAGCUACCAAGUACAGGGUUCUACCUUUUAAUGGUGCAUGAUAAAUGGGUCCUCGACCUUCAGGUUCCUGUGGAAGUCUCACAAGAGUCUGUCUUUGUAUAUGCAAAUCAUCAAUUGAUGAUCACAUAUCUUGGGAUGCCAAGGCCACUCAGAUUUGAGUGCUAUGACAAGUUACAGAUCUUGACGAUACGUAGGAAAGCCUACUGUCAUAGAGCAUGAGGUUCAUCUCUCCCCAACAGAUUACUGACGACAUCACAGAAUGUGAACCUGUUUACAGAACAACUUAUUGGUUAUGUAACUUCCUGGGAAGUUCACUCAAGGCGUUAAAAACGGUAUCACAAUCUAACAUCAGUAGGAAGUUUUCAGAGCUAAGUGCUCUAUGCAAUCAACUGUUGUAUGAAAUAAAAUAUCACUCUCUACGGGAAUGUGACACACCCUGAUGGAUUGUUCGUCUAGCGAGGAUGCCAAAUUCUAUUGGAUAUAUUCGUUGGACUGGACUCCUGAAAGGAAUCGGAUAGUUAGUGCUUCUCAAGAUGGGAGGUUAAUAGUAUGGAAUGCUUUAACAAGCCAGAAGACGCAUGACAUAAAGCUUCCUUGUCCAUGGGUCAUGACUUGUGCCUUUUCUCCUAAUGGCCAAUCUGUUGCUUGUGGUGGUCUUGAUAGUGCAUGUUCUAUUUUCAAUCUUAAUUCUCAAACUGACAGAGAAGGCGAUUCACUGGCAUCAAGAAUUCUCACUGGGCAUAAGGGUUACGUAUCGUCAUGCCAAUAUGUCCCAGAUCAAGACAAUCGUAUUAUCACCAGCUCAGGUGAUCAGACAUGUGGUUUAUGGGAUGUCACAACUGGCCAGAGGAUUUCUGUAUUUGGAGGUGAAUUUCCCUCAGGACACACAGCCGAUGUGCUAAGUGUCUCAAUCAACAGCUCAAAUUCAAACAUGUUUGUCUCUGGGUCAUGCGAUGCAACUGCACGGUUAUGGGACGUACGAAUAGCUAGUAGAGCCGUCAGAACGUAUCAUGGCCAUGAGGGGGAUGUUAAUGCUGUCAAGUUCUUUCCAGAUGGGCAAAGAUUUGGCACAGGCUCUGAUGAUGGUUCAUGUAGGCUAUUUGACAUGAGAUCAGGGCAUCAGCUGCAAAUUUACAGCCAGCAACAUGGUGAUAAUGACAGUGAUGCGCCCAUAGUAACAUCUAUUGCCUUCUCUAUAUCAGGAAGACUUCUCUUCGCUGGAUAUUCUAAUGGUGACUGUUAUGUGUGGGACACAUUACUGGCCGAGGUUGUUUUGAACUUAGGAUCCCUGCAAAACUCUCAUCAAGGUAGGAUAAGUUGCCUUGGUCUUUCUGCAGAUGGCAGUGGCUUGUGCACAGGAAGCUGGGACAAGAACCUUAAGAUUUGGGCCUUCGGAGGACACAGGAAGGUGAUAUAAAAAUCUCAUUGCUGGUGUUAAUAUGUUGUGUGUGUAAAAUUAGGCUCACAGUUUGUCCAGUCUCAAGCGAAAUUACAGCCAGGUUCGCACAACCAAUCUUGUGUACCAUUUCUCCAGCACAAAGACUGUUCUGAAGAUGGACAACAAGCCAAAUCUUGUUACAUCAUCAUACUUGCUGCUCUAAUUAGUGUCAACUAAAAUCUGUAACCCUUUUCUUGUGAAACCAUCUUGCAAUUCUGAUGUCUUAAACUGUUAUCAUCAUCAAAUUUAUUUCCUUGUACCCA